AUGUUUUCUCUCAAGACCAUCGUCGUACUACUUGCUCUGACCGCAACAGGUGCUUCAGCUACAUCAAGCUCUGCAUCGAUUGCGAAGAGCUCUACAACGCUUGCCAAAAGUUCUACCUCAGCUUCCAAAAGCUCUACAUCAGUUGCGAAAAGCUCUACCUCAGCGGGUUCCAAAAGCUCUAUCUCAGCCGGAAAAGGCACUACUACUCCAGUAGCAAAAAGUUCUGCUUCAGCCGCUCCCACUGCGUACCAUGCAGUAAAAUUCACCAACUCGUUCCCUUCCGUUUUUCACACUGGACAAACUGUAAACCUGACUUGGACUGGUGGAGAUGGUUAUUAUGCGGUAUAUAGAUUACAAGUAACCCAAGGUCAAGGUUCAGUCAGACCCGGUUAUUAUACUCAUAACACCACACAAACUUCUCUCAGUGUCACUUUGGAUGAAAACAUCUCACCAAAAACCACUUUGAAUUUCGGAAUUUCAGAAGCCAACAUACUCCCUACCUCACAACUCGCCUUGAACGAGACCUAUCAGCUUUCAGGUGCGAUCCCUUUCAUCCAAGCUUAG